CUCCCUUCUCUCACGGCGGCGGCGGCGGCGGGGCGCGCAGGCGGGCUGCGGGAACGGCACGGAUGAGGCGCAUGCGCGUUCUGGACGGGCGCUGGGUCUGUAGCGGCUCGGCGCGGAGAGGCCGGGGGGGGGUCGCCACCGCCGGUAGCGGCUGCCGCGGCGGGGUGGAGGAGUUCGCCGGGCUGCCCAGCGGCCAAGAGGGCUGGCGGGGCCAGUCGCGGGGCUCGCUGCAGCAGCUAGCGGAGCGGUACGCGGACUUGGCGGCCAGCCACAGCGAGGCGCUGCGGCAGCGGGAAGAGCGGGAGUGGCACAACGCGCGACUGCGCCAAGAGAACGCGCGGCUGCGACUAGAGAACCGCCGCCUGCGCCGCGAGAACCGCAGCCUCUUCCGCCAGGCCUUGCUGGGUCCUGGCCCCGACGGGCCGACCGCCUCGGACUCAGCUGAGGCGGAGGCCUUGCGCGCUCAGCUGGGCCAGCUGCAAGAAAAACACCGCCGGGCCUUACAGCACCUGCGGCGCUGCCGGGCCGGCGGUGGGCCGGAGUCCUCGGAGCUGGACGACGGGGAGUUGGACGAGCUGCUAGAGGAGGACAAGCAGCUGCUCUCUGCCCCCGAGCAGGCACUGGAGAAGAGAAGCCUAGUGCCACCCGUAUAGCUGGUUCCGGGAGAAGACGUGCCGCGUGGAUUGCUGGGAGGGGGGGGUUGUGCCGCAGGCAUGUCUUGUGUGCCUGCCCUCGCCGCCGCUCCGUCUCGGGGCGUAGUAGCUGUUCCCCUCCUUAUGCUGUCUCUGCUCAAGCGGAGAGCAGCUGUAGACCUUUUCAGUUGAAAGAGCUUCGCACAAAAGAGAGAGGAGGAUUUGCUUAGGUUUUUCAGUAGCAUUCCUCGAUUUAUGACCGGGAAGCACUGAACACGGUCACUGAGAAGCAGCUUCAGCGAAAAGUCUGAGGCUUGGUAGAGGCCAGUGUGUUAGUCGAGGAAUGCCUCAGCAGCAGUUGACAUACGAAAAAGAACCACGGUGAAAAGAGCAUUUGGUCUAAUGUCACCUUAUAGCGUUGAAUUGUCCUUCCUUAAGGGACUGUGAGUCACCUUUUUUGUCUUGAGUUAGCGACUGCUGUGUAUCCCCUGAGUAGCCAUGGUGGCUUUCAAAAGAUGGCUAUGUUAACUUCUUGGUAGUUUAUGUAUGUCUGUUAGAAAGGGGAAUAUGGAGGAAGCUUGCAAGCUCCAGUAAAAGUAAUUGUUUGAACUUCUCUGAAUUGCUUGGACGUUUACUGCGAAGAAGUAUUUUUAAUGACGGACUUUAACUAUUACAUAACUCUGGCUUUGAGUUUCACACUUUUGACAUAAAAAUGUGUCUGAUAAAUAAAACCAGCACACCAAA